AAAAAUUUUAAAUGAAUUAUCUCAUCUUAAUGGUAAUUCAUGCUAUAUUUAUAAUCUCAAUAUUUGAUCUGUAUAUAAAAUCUCCAUAUAUCAAUAAUCUAAAACCAAUAAAUUUUAUAAAAUCUCCCAUUUGUAAAAGAUUAAUAUUAAUUGUGGCAGAUGGCCUUAGAAGUGCCACAUUAUAUAAUGAAACAUCUAUGAAUUCUACACAAUUCCUUAAAAAUAUAUGUAUGAAGGAAGGAUUAUGUGGAGUUUCUUUAACCCAUGUUCCUACAGAAUCUCGCCCAGGCCAUGUUAGUAUAUUUGCUGGAAUUCAUGAAGAUAUAACAUCAAUAUUUAAAGGUUGGAAGGAGAAUGCCAAUACAUUUGAUACAAUUUUUAAUGAAAGUUUUUAUUCCUGGUCAUGGGGAAGUCCAGAUAUUAUGAACAUUAUUAAUAAACAUACUUCCAAUCACAAUAGUGAAACUUUUUCCUAUCAAUCAAGUUUUCAAGAUUUCUCAAUGUCUGACUCAUAUUAUUUAGACCAAUGGGUAUUUGAUAAAGUGAAAUAUUUUUUAGAAAUCGAAGUUCAUAAAAAUCAAACUUUAAACAUGUCAUUGAAUAAUGAUCAUAUCAUAAUGUUUUUACAUCUUCUGGGCAUGGAUAUGAGCGGUCAUAUCAAUAAACCUCGAUCCAAAACAAUGGGCGAUCGGGUGAAUUUUACAUAUUCUUCUGGCGAAAUAUUUUAUUUAUCCUAAACAAACAAUAAACAUUGAACAAGUUGAUAUUGCACCAUAUAUAUCAUGUUUAUUGGGAAUACCUACCCCUCUUAAUUCUUUGGGGCGUUUACCAUUCGAAUUAUUAAUUAAUCCACUUUAUCAACAACAAUGUUUAUUGGGUAACA